AUGAAGAUGCCUGAAGGAGUUCCAAAUCCAAAUGGCUAUGUUUGCAAGUUGAAAAAGUCCCUCUAUGGGUUAAAACAAGCUUCAAGACAAUGGUUCUCUAAAUUGGUUAAGAAGCUACAAACUCAAGGAUUUGUUCAAUCCAAAAUGAUUACUCUUUAUUCAUCAAAAGAGAAGGUGAUCAGGAAUCACACACCUAUAAUUCUGGCUUUAAAGCAUCAUUUACACACAACCUUCAGCAUUAAAGAUUUGGGUGCUCUUCAUUUCUUCUUAGGCAUGGAGAUAUGUAAGACUUCUGCUGGUAUAAUCUUGACGCAACACAAAUUCACAAAGAAAUUGCUACAAUUCAGUGGUCUUGAUCUAUCCAAAAGAGCCACCACUCCACUCCCCACAUCUUUCAAAUUACAUCCAGAUGUAGGAGACCCUUAUUUUGAUCCAGCUUUCUACAGAUCAUUAGUUGGAAAGUUAAACUUUCUUACUCACAGCAGGCCUGAUCUUACUUUUGCUGUUCAGACCUUGAGUCAAUUCAUGCAAGAUCCCAAGGUUCCUCAUAUGCAAGCCCUACACCAUACUCUGAGAUAUGUUGCUGGUUCCAUUGGCCAAGGCAUUCUAUUAAAGGCUGGUGAACGCAUUUCUCUUAUUGGAUAUUCAGAUUCAGAUUGGGCUACUUGUCCCAUAACGAGAAGGUCCAUAACUGGGUACCUUGUUUUGUUUGGUGGCUCACCAGUUUCAUGGAACAGCAAGAAACAGUCCACUAUAUCCAAGUCUUCCACAGAAGCAGAAUAUCGUGAUAUGGCUGUUGUUGCUUCUGAAAUUACUUGCAUUGGAAAGAAUCCUGUGCACCAUGAGCGUACAAAACACAUUGAAUUAGAUGCUCAUUUCACUCGAGAAAAGGUCCUAGAUGGUCUGUUACAGUUGCAAUAUCUUCCCACUGCUCAACAGUUAGCAAAUGCAUUCACUAAGAAUUUAUCUGCAGCACAACUACAGUACUUGAUGACCAAGCGAGGUCUCGUUCAAACUACCAUCCCUAGCUUGAGGGGGGGUAUUGGGGAUGAUACAUCCAGCUCAACAAUUCCACCACAAGCUGGUUGA